AUGGCUGAACCAGCCCUGGAAGGAGCGGAGGCUCCCCCCGCCGAGGCUCCGGCUCCCGCCUCUACCCAGGCGCAAGUGAGCAAGAGCCGCGACCCCAACAGGCCGCUCACGUUCCGCUACUGGUCUCGCCCGACCCACCUCCAGUACAAGUAUCUGUACGACUACCGCCAUAACUACUACAACGACGUCAUCGACUACCUGGACCGACGCUCCCGCGGCCUCACCCGCGAGAUCCCGCGCCCGCAGACCUGGGCGGAACGCGCGCUCCGCACCUACAUGUCCAGCAGCUCCGAGGCCAGCGCUCGCCGCCAGAAGGACAUCGAGCUGCUGAGCAGCAUCCGCAGCAGCAACUACAGCUACCAGUACCACUCCAGGGACUACUUGAUCAGGAGGUACCCGGCCCUCUCCUACUGA